GACCUUGUGGGUCACUGUGUGCUCCAGGGGGAGGGGAGCAAGAGCUGCAGCUGGCGGGGGACUGGGGCUGGUUUCCUGUCUGGAAGGGAAGGGGCCCAGAGAAGGGAGUUAUGUGUACAGGGGGGGAAAGAGCUGCAUUCAGGCCCUGCCCACCUAGCCCCCUCUCUUUGCUGGAAAAGAGUGAGCUGGGGAAGCAGCUGCCAUCAGACCCAAACUGGAUGCUCAAGUCUGCCUAGGGGCCCCCUCUGCCACUAGCCCCCCUCCCCUCAGUCAGUUCUCCAGACCCUCCCUUCUCCCCUCCCACCUUCCUUUCCCUUCCCCUCCCUCCAUCCCUUGCUCCCGCCUGGGGCGGUGUCAGCAGCAGUGGAGAAAGUUUGUCGUGGCAGCCUAAAGUGCCUGACUCGAGGGAGUUAGGGGGUUGAAGGGAGGAAUCAGGGCUGCUUCAGGGCAGAGCUGAGGGCCACAGAGAUGCAGGACAGAUUGCACAUCCUGGAAGACCUGAACAUGCUGUACAUCCGACAGAUGGCGCUCAGCCUGGAGGAUACAGAGCUGCAGCGGAAGCUGGACCAUGAGAUCCGGAUGAGAGAAGGAGCCUGCAAGCUGCUGGCUGCCUGCUCCCAACGGGAACAAGCCCUCGAAGCCACCAAGAGCUUGCUGGUGUGCAGCAGCCGCAUCCUCAGCUACAUGGGAGAGCUGCAGCGUCGGAAGGAAGCACAGGUGCUGGGGAGGACAGCAAGGCGGCCUUCAGACACUGGGCCCCCUCCUGAACGCUCUCCAUGUCGCGGCACAAUUUGUAUCUCUGAUAUCAGAAUCCCCCUCAUGUGGAAGGACACAGAGUAUUUCAAGAACAAGGGAGACCUACAUCGAUGGGCUGUAUUCCUGUUGCUGCAGCUGGGGGGGAACAUCCAGGACACAGAGAUGGUCCUGGUAGACAGGACGCUAACAGACAUCUCCUUUCAGAGCAGUGUUCUUUUUACUGAGGCAGGACCAGACUUUGAGCUGCGGUUGGAGCUGUAUGGGGCCUGUGUAGAAGAGGAGGGAGCCCUGGCCGGGGCCCCCCGGAGACUGGCCACCAAGCUCAGUAAUUCUCUGGGCCGAUCCUCAGGAAGGCGUGUUCGGGCUUCGUUGGACAGCACUGGGGGCUCUGGGAGUGGAAGUGCAGCCAGCCCCAUCCUGCUCCCCACUCCAGCUGUGGGGGGUCCCCGAUAUCACCUCCUGGCCCAGACCACCCUGACUCUGGCUGCGGUACAGGACGGCUUCCGUACCCACGAUCUCACCCUCACUAGUAAUGAGGAGAGCCCAGCCUGGCUGCCCCUCUAUGGCAGUGUGUGUUGUCGCCUGGCAGCCCAGCCCCUCUGCAUGACCCAGCCUGUCAUGAGUGGCACCCUCAGGGUGCAGAGCUGGGGUCAGGUACAUGGCAUCCUGAAAGGAACAAACCUUUUCUGUUACCGACAUCCUGGCGAUACCAACACUCAGGAAGACCCAUUGUUCACCAUUGCAAUCAACAAGGAGACUCGGGUCCGGGCUGGGGAGCGGGACCAGAGCCUGGGGGGACCCCUCACCCUCAGCAUCAGUAACCGGUACGGGGGGGAUGAAGUGACCCACACAUUGCAAAUGGAAAGCCGGGGGGCCCUACAGCGCUGGAUGGAGGCUCUGUGGCAGCUCUUCUUUGACAUGAGCCAAUGGAAGCAAUGCUGUGAUGAGCUCAUGAAGAUUGAAGUCCCUCCUCCACGAAAGCCACCCCCUGCACUGGCCAAGCAAGGCUCGCUCUACCAUGAGAUGGCCUUGGUCCCAGGGGGCCCAGGCGAGGGGCUACUGCUCCAGGAUAAUGCUGUAUCAGCCGAGAUCCGGGCUCUGCUCUCCUCCUAUUACAGCGACAGCUAUUGAACCUCUAGAUGACAUCGCAGCAGUGACGGACAUCCUGGCCAAGCGGGAGGGGCCCCCCCUGGAUGUCCCCCCACCCUGGCUGGCAUUAUUUACAGAGAAGCUGCCCUCCUCAAAGCUCCCAAUCCAUGUACCCCGAAGCCCCUCUCCUCCACCCCGGGCCUGCCCAGGCCCCCGAGCCACUCCCUGGGGCCGGCCCCGUACCCUCUCCCUGGACGCUGCUCCCCGAGGCCGGCCCCCUCUUCCUCCCCGCUCCAGCUCUAGUUCCAGCUCUGGCUCUGGAAGCCCUGCCCCCCGACAGCGGUCCCCUCCAGCCCGAGGUUUCCGGGCAAAAGCCCGGCCCUGGCUCCAGUCACCUGUGUGAGGGGUUGUAGGAGGGGGUGCUACUGAAAACAGGGUAAUGCUGGAAGAGGAAAAGCCUUCUGAUGUCAAAGGAGUGAUGUCAGGGCAGGAUUAGUGGUGCCAUGAUGAGGGUCUUGGGAUGGCCACCUUGAUGCCUGGCUCUGUUGUGGUUUUGGUGGGAAUGCAAACCCCUCCCUAACUGUAGGGCCACCACAAGGGGACCUUGUCCACAGCUGGCUGGUGGACCCCGGCCACUUCCUGAGAGAAAACUGGAACACCCCCAGCCCAAAUGCACUAACCCCCCCUUGGGCAAAAAUGAGGCAGAUAGCCCUUGAGGUUCUGGAAGGAGGGAACCAUAACCCCAGAAAGGGUGCCUGUCCACAUCGCUUCCCCCCCAACUUGGUCAUUAAAGUCUAUUUAAUAUCAUGGA